AUGACAGACCUUUCACCACGGGAAUCGAUCAUGGAGAGCCAUCGCUUCACACUAUUUCCAAAGCUACCAAUGGAGAUGAAAGACAAAAUCUGGAGAUUGGCUCUCGAGCCGCGUUUAGUCGAAGUUCGACCCAAAGAAGACAUCGACGACGGAUUUUAUUCCACUGCUCCGCUACCCGCUCUGUUGACAGUCUGUAAAGAGUGGGAGAGAGCUCUCAAACAUUUGUACCCUAAAUACUUUGUUCGAUCGCCCGAUGGUCCAGGAAUCCGAUUCAACGCUCAAAUUGACACCCUAUAUCUGGAUUGGAAACUUCAAGAGCACUUGACCAUCUUCUUGUCAUCGAUCAGUGUGGAGGAGGCUGGGAAGAUCCAAUUCCUCGCCAUGGAUCAACACAUUCGGUGGUUACGUCAACCCAUUGAUUUGGACCAUGACUGGGAAUCGAUCCCCCCAGAUCCAUAUCUAGUGACGAUUGCCAACCUUCUAAACGAAGAUUUUAGACGUCAUUGUCACCUCAUCGUUCACCACGAUCACUGCAUGAUCGGCUCUGAAGAUCUUGAAGGACUUUGCUCCUUGGUACGACAUAUGAAAAAAUUGAAGGAGCUCAUAUUUGUGCAUGAGGACAUUGCUUGGGAUGUAGACUUGUUGAGAGUAAGUGGGGUAUUUCCCCAGCAGGAUGAGCUUGCUACCUUGACACUCUUCAAGCUUGAAGAGGUCUACGAUCUAUUUCCAAACCCAGUCAAUAUUACCGUUCCCGAUUAUCGCAAGUCUAUUGAGUAUUACAAUGAUGAUCUGCCAAUUUGUAAUCUCCAGGUAGAUCUCAAAUCGAAAUUCGAUAGUCCAAAGUUCGAGAUUCUGGUCCGAUAUGGAUGGAGGUUUCCAGAUUCCUUGUCACUCCCUUCACGUCAACCUCGUCUUACCGAAUUGGAAUAA